AUGAGCAAACUCGAUGGAUCCUGGAAGCUGUGGGGAACUUGGGGAGAGUGUAGUACAACCUGCGGUGGAGGGUUGCGUAACAGAUCACGAGAGUGCGAUCAACCGAAACAUGGUGGUGAUUACUGCGCAGGCCCGUCUGAGCAGGCGGAAGUGUGUAACGACAUCGCGUGUCCAAUUGACGGCGUGUUCACCGACUGGAGCGAAUGGUACACAUGUGACGUCACUUGUGGCGGAGGAAUACAGUGGAGAAAUAGGUCCUGCAUUGGUCCUUUUAAUGGUGGUGUCAAUUGCAGCGGGGAUUAUGAUGAGAGACAAGACUGCAACACCCAAGAAUGCCCAGAGGACGGAAUCUGGUUGGCCUGGCAACCGUGGCAAGUCUGUAGUACCACGUGCGGAGAAGGCAAACGAUUGCGCAGUCGCACUUGUGACGGGCCUUAUUUUGGAGGGGACGAGUGCCCUGGGAAUUCGGACGGCACGGAAAUAUGCGCAACUGAUCCAUGUUCAAUCCCCGGCCUGUGGCACGAGUGGUCAAUCUGGUCGCUAUGCACGGUCACGUGCGGUGGGGGAACGCGCCAUCGGAGCCGCACGUGCGAUGUGACGUCAUUUGGCAACCUGACCACACCAUGUGAAGGUCCUUCGUAUGAAGAAGACAACUGUCAUACAUAUCCCUGUUUGCCUUUGGCUAUCCACUGCCCCGACUGGGCAAGUCGCGGGUUGAACCAGAGCUGCAUAGCGGAUGUGGAUCCGGACGGCGAGCAGACCUUAUUUGGGCCCGUGCAGGUCGAGUGUGACUUCAACACCAAACUCAGAGAGGCGAUCACAGUUUUACAUCACGACCAGGAGAAGCGAACGCAAGUGAAGGGCUACGAAGAAGCCGGGGAGUACCAGGUCACCCUCAACUACGUGACUGGAUGGAGAGAGGCCAUCAAAAUCGUCGACUCAUCCAAGGAGUGCGCCCAGUUCAUGCGCUGGGACUGCAAGGCAGCAAUCAUCCACAACCCCUCCGACCCAGAAACGCUGACCACCUUCUGGAUGAAUCGCACUGGGCAGAAGGCGAACUACUUCGGUGGGGGGUCUCCCGGCAGCGGGAACUGCGCGUGCGGGGAGACGAGGUCCUGUUUCAAUACGUCACUUCAUUGUAACUGUGAUGAGAACGACGAGGUGUGGCGACACGAUGAAGGUUUCGUAACGAACAAAGACGAGCUGCCUAUCCACACGUUUCAUGCUGGUGACACAGGUGGUUCCGCAGAAGAUGGUUUUCUUACAAUUGGACCCAUUCUGUGCACGGGACAUGCCUAGUUGACCGGGAAACCUGACCAUUAGCCCUGAGAGAUUUUCUUGUUCUUAGUUCACGUCUGCGUGUUCUUGCUCAUCCGCACCAAUUUUCUUAUAAAUGUGCUUCAUAAAAAAAGUAAAAUGACUCAGCACGUCCGCUUGUGUGUAUUGAGACUUUGUUUAUUUGAGUACAUUAUGCAUUUUGACAUUCGCAUUAAUUAUGUUUCAGAGAAAUAUUGUUAUUUUGUUUCCAAUAGGACAUUUUCAUGACCGUUCCAUAUCUUUGGAACUCAAGAAUCAAUUUUACAAUUUCAAUGAUAGUUAAAGCAGCGUUCCUUAAAAGGGGAAAUGCGUAUUAGUUUAUAGUCAUGUCGUUCAGGACCUUGGCUCCUUCAGAGAGUUAUAGCUCUGUGAUAACUAUGAUUUUGAUUUACGAAUGUUCCUCCAAAUCUUAAAAUAAACCCAUUCAUCGACAAAGCGCACGAAACACCCAUCAUGUUACUGAUUACGUGAUGUCAUUUAGUUUCAAUUAUGUUCUCGUUCGUUUGCAAAUGUUUUAAUAAGAUUGUGUCAUUUGACUUUCAUCGUACUGUGUUAUUUUUUAGUAAAAUUGGUUCUUGAACGAUAAUGCGUUCUUGUAAAAUGUAUAAAGACAAAAAGCAGUCACGCGGGCGGAACGACAAGUACUGAGUUAAAGAAGCUUAUGUUAUAAAACAAAUUGCGAUUAAGUUCCCUUUGAAGUCAUGCUAUCCGAUUUGCAACGCAAUCCCAUUGUCCGUUUUGAUAGUGAUUUUCAUAUGCAUGCUUUUAUGCAAAAACGUCUUUUAGUCAUUUAUUUAAUCUCUUUUCUUUUCAACAUGCGGAAGUGUUCGUGCUGUUUUCACGUUCAUUUUAACUACAUCGACUUUAAACGACCGCUUUCUCGAAAAAGUAAAAAAAUACAACAUUUAUAUAACAUUAGUUAUUUGUAUAAUAUUUGAAUUAUUCACCUAACAUUUGCAUGUGUUUUGAAUAACAUGUUUUGAUAAAAAAAAUAUACGUGGCUAAUUAUUGUGUGGAUUAUGUGCUUAUUAUAAAUGAAAAUUGUACUACCUUGACCUUAAACGACCGCUUUCCCGAAAAAGUAUAAAAAAUAAAACAUGUACAAUGCAUAAGUUAUUUAUAUAAUAUUUAAAUGAUUCACCUAACAUUUGCAUGUGUUAUGAAUAACGUGUUUUGAUAUUAAAAUAAUGUAAUAAUUUAAUACGUGACUAAUUAGCGUUUAGAUAAUGUGCUUUUUGCCAAUACAAAAUCAUUAUAACGAAGUUGUCAAAUUGUCUGUCCAUAUGUGAAAAUUUUCAAAUAUUGAAUACAUUGAAACAUUAAAUUGUAUGUGAUACUAAGGCAUUUUAUCUUGUGACAGUAAAAACGACAACCAAUUUCAGCAAACACCUUUUAUUUUUCUUUGAAAUGAUAUUACCAUUUUAUUAUUCUAAUUUACGUAAAGGCUUAUUAAAGUUUCUCCGUGCGAAAAGUAAUAGCAUCAGCGAUUUCUACGACACUCUUAUGACAUCAUUCACAGUCACCACAGGAUAGGAGGGCGUUAUUACUCUCAAACCUGUACUAUGCCAUUAUGUUACUAGCUGGGUCAUUCGAAAAAGUUCAACGGUCGAUAGGCCGGAAGUAUUUGCCCAAAGUGUUGCUGCAUUUUACGUCUACGUUGAAAACGAUUUCUUUCAUUUCACAUUUCGUUUUGCAAGCGUAUUUUUGUUUAUCUCAGUGUUCCUCAACUUAACGGGUAUAGGUUAUAUUCAAAAGCUUGUAAGUAUUAUUUUAUUAAAAUAAUUCAAAACGCAAACACUGAAUUAUAAAUAUGACAGCUUUUUUGUUUAUUUCUGAAUAUAAAUGAAAUUAUUAAGGUAAUUUUAGUUCUUGAGACGAAAUAAUGGGAUAGAUUUCUCAUGGGCCGGUCCUUUAUUAUUAAAACGAAACUGCACCGGAGUUUCUUAUACACAUAUCACACUUGUUGUAAACUUUCAAAUUGUUCACAAGGACCACAUCAUCCCCUCCAACCCACGCUCACACUCGUUGUCUUAGCUCCACUGCCACUGUUCGUAUCCAAAAAAAUGUGAACCACUGCCACAAUAUGAGCAAAGGUGUGUUGUUGGUGUGCGGCACUACUUUGAGAUAAAAACAACAACACCAGCUUACGACUUUUUGCACAAUUUUGCGUACUUGUACAUUCGGAACCAUACGUGUGCCGCAUAUUCAUGCACCGUAUUCUGCGCCGUGUCGUGUACCACUCCGAACCCCCCCCCCCCCCCCCCCCCGAAUGUAUCCCUUGCUUGCUAAACGGAUGGAUAAAUAUGCCUGUGGAAAGACCUGAAGAAUAUGGAACUGUAAUGGACAUUGAUGUAUCAACUCUGGAGCGUUGUUGUUUGUUUAACAAUGACUUCGUUUCUGUGAUUGUGAUUUUAAUCGUUUUGUUGUAACUUGAAUCUGUAUGCGUGCUUCAUUGUGAAUACAGUAUAGAUGUCCAACCAUGUACAAUACCUUAUCUUGAUAUAUACUAUAUAUUGUGCUUUAAAAACAUAAUGAUUAAGUUAACUGUGGCAUUUAUUUAUUGUUAAACAUUACUUUCAAGUGAUGUAUUACGAUACGUGAUGAAUGAAUAAUGUAUUACAAGA